GCGGCGCGAUUAGCAACCUCUCGAAAUGGAAUAGUCUGGCUGGUGGACCACCAUUCUCCUUUGGAUUACCUUUCCCUAUAAAACUCUCUAGUUCCCCCCGUAUUAGUGCUAUCGCUGUGGCAAAAAGCUGUCCUUUCAAGUGUGACUUUUUGUGCUUCUACUUGUUGAUAUCUACUAAAGUGAAGACUUCACCUGUUUGCCAGUACGCUUGGAUUAUUGCUGCAGAGAUUUUCGGUUGAUGGACGUUUUGUGACAGUGAUUUCAUCUCAAAUGUGAAAGGAUAAAAGCGUGUCCUAGUGCUGAAAGCGUUUUUACGCGAAAAGUGUGAAGUGUGCAAUGAAAAUAUAACAGUUGCAUUUGGACACAUGAAGAGAUUUAUUUGAAAAUACAUUAUGUCACAGUUAUGCGUAACGCCAAUUACCAAAGAAAUAUAAUCUUCUGGCUAAUAUCGCUCUCAACAAAAGUAGAGAAAUAGAAUUCUAUGUAGCUCACUUCUCAAACGAACAAUAACGCUGCUGAUAAAAGUGUUACGAAGUAUCAAGCACUGCAGUUCUAGCUGGAUUUGUUCCUUUUGAAAUAUAUUAAUACAAUAGCAACUACAGUAAACCGCCCAUCGUUAGCAGAAUUUACAGCGUCCUGAAUCGAUCAUACUCGACUAAUGUUACCAAUUAUGAUGUACAGCCGGAAAUCACUCAGUCAAAUGCUACGAAACGGCUACCGAGGGAACACACUCUCGAUUACCACACCGCUCAAGAUACCGGCCAAUUGGACACGAGUUCUUCGGUUGCACCCAAGUGCGCGCAUAAACCCGGCGCUGAUUUUACAGGCGGCGGAAUCGGGGAACCUAGACGAAUUUAUUCGCCUGUAUGAAAGCGAUAACGGGCGCCUGUCGGUGAAGGAUAGCAAAGGACGAACGGCGGCACACCAAGCCGCGGCUAGGAACCGCAUCAAUAUUCUCACCUUCAUCCACGAGCAAGGUGGAGAUCUGAACGCCCAGGAUUCGCUGGGGAACACACCGUUGCAUCUGGCAGUCGAGAAUGAUUCGUUAGAUGCACUGGAGUUUUUGCUGAAGAUACCUGUCGCAACGAACAUUCUGAAUGACAAGAAACUGGCGCCGGUACAUCUGGCUACCGAGCUGAACAAAGUCAAAGGACUACAAGUGAUGGGAAAAUAUCGUGAAACCAUCGAUAUACAGCAAGGAGGCGAACACGGUCGAACCGCACUACAUCUGGCUGCCAUCUACGACCACGAGGAGUGUGCCAGAAUUUUGAUUUCGGAAUUUGGUGCGUGUCCUCGGCGGCCCUGCAACAACGGUUACUAUCCCAUACAUGAGGCGGCCAAGAAUGCCAGCUCCAAAACGAUGGAAGUGUUUUUCCAGUGGGGUGAGUCCAAAGGGUGCACACGCGAGGAAAUGAUUUCCUUCUACGAUUCGGAGGGAAACGUUCCCCUCCACUCAGCUGUUCAUGGUGGAGAUAUUAAAGCGGUCGAGCUUUGUCUAAAGUCGGGAGCAAAAAUAUCCACCCAGCAGCAUGACCUUUCAACGCCGGUUCAUUUGGCAGCGGCCCAGGGAGCAAUCGAAAUCGUCAAACUGAUGUUUCUGAUGCAACCUCAGGAAAAGCGUAUCAGUUUGAAUUGCACCGACAUUCAGAAGAUGACUCCAUUACAUUGUGCUGCCAUGUUUGAUCACCCGGAAAUCGUAGAAUACCUCGUACAAGAGGGAGCCGACAUAAACGCACUGGACAAGGAAAAUCGUUCUCCGUUGCUACUUUCUGCGUCACGUGGUGGGUGGCGAACAGUCAUGGUUUUGAUCCGUCUCGGAGCCAACAUAAGCUUGAAGGACGUAAAUUCUCGGAAUGUGCUGCAUUUGGUCAUCAUGAACGGAGGACGGUUGGAUGAAUUCGCAAAAGAGGUCAGUUGCACCCAAUCGGAAACAUACCUUUUACUGCUGCUGAAUGAAAAGGAUGAAACCGGGUGCUCUCCUCUACACUAUGCCAGUCGAGAAGGUCAUAUACGGUCACUCGAAAAUUUGAUACGCCUUGGAGCAUGUAUUAAUUUAAAAAAUAACAAUAACGAAAGCCCCCUCCACUUUGCUGCCCGCUAUGGACGGUACAAUACAGUUCGCCAACUGCUAGAUUCGGAAAAGGGUACGUUUAUCAUCAACGAAAGCGACGGGGAAGGCCUCACCCCACUUCACAUUGCAUCGAAGGAAGGGCACACGAGAGUGGUGCAGCUUUUGCUCAAUCGGGGAGCACUACUCCACAGGGACCAUAAUGGGCGUAAUCCUCUGCAUCUGGCGGCUAUGUCGGGAUAUACGCAAACCAUUGAGCUGCUGCAUUCGGUGCAUUCGCAUCUGCUGGAUCAAGUGGACAAAGAUGGGAAUACGGCCCUCCAUUUGGCAACGAUGGAAAACAAACCAAAUGCUGUGGUUCUUUUGCUGAGCCUGGGGUGCAAGCUUUUGCACAAUUAUAUGGACAUGAGUGCUAUAGACUAUGCCAUCUACUACAAAUAUCCGGAAGCUGCACUGGCCAUGGCAACCCACGAGGAACGGUCAGCGGAAGUAAUGGCUCUGAAGUCGGACAAACAUCCCUGUGUGACGUUGGCGUUGAUAGCAUCGAUGCCGAGAGUGUUUGAGGCUGUCCAAGAUAAUUGCAUUUCGAAAGCGAACUGCAAAAAGGACUCCAAAAGCUUUUACAUAAAGUAUAGCUUUAGCUGCCUUCAAUGCCCGACCAUGUACGCGCAAAUGGAUUCACGAACCGGAGAAGCUGUCCAGAUUUUCAAACCAAUUCCUUUGCCGGCACUGAACGCAAUGGUAUCUCACGGCCGCGUAGAACUUCUCGCUCACCCGCUGAGCCAAAAAUACUUGCAAAUGAAAUGGAACUCCUACGGAAAGUAUUUCCACCUGGCGAAUCUUCUGUUCUACAGUGUAUUCCUGCUGUUCGUUACAGUUUUUACAUCACAGCUCAUGACAAACACACCGGUGCCACCGCCCUCAAACAUCAACGGUACCACAACUCCUGCCAGUAUCCCCGAAGGAGAGCAGGACCUGCUACAACCGGUGGCAAUGGCUGCACGUUCUGCACCCAGACCGACUAUGCAAUAUCAGAACCAAACGCUAUUGGACGAAGAACACAUGCCCAUCACAACGGCAACAUUGGUCUCGGGAAUAAUCAUCAUCCUUUACAUAUUCUGCAAUGCUCUGCGGGAAAUUCUCCAGGUUUACCAGCAGAAGUGGCACUAUCUGAUUGAGCCCAUCAACUUGGUGUCAUGGAUUCUGUACUUGUCAGCGCUGAUUAUGGUGUGGCCCAUGUUCAACGAUGGUCGAUGUUUCAGUGGUAACUUUUCGGCGGCAUCGGUUACGGUGUUCCUGUCGUGGUUCAAUUUGCUGCUAUUUUUGCAACGAUUCGAUCAGGUUGGAAUAUAUGUGGUAAUGUUUCUGGAGAUUCUUCAGACACUUAUUAAAGUGCUGACUGUGUUUUCAAUUCUGAUCAUUGCUUUCGGCUUAGCAUUUUACAUCUUGUUAUCAAAGGUCUCAAGGAUGAUUGACACACAAGUAAACCACUUAUCGUUUUCGUCCAUACCGAUGUCGUUGCUUAGGACGUUUUCCAUGAUGCUCGGCGAGAUGGAUAUUCUUGGAACAUACGUGCAGCCAUACUACCAGAACCAUCUCCUGUAUCCGAUACCAUCGUUUGCCAUUCUCUGUCUCUUCAUGAUACUGAUGCCAAUCCUGUUAAUGAAUCUGCUUAUCGGUUUGGCGGUCGGUGAUAUCGAAUCGGUUCGACGGAAUGCUCAAUUAAAGCGAUUAGCCAUGCAAGUGGUUUUGCACACUGAACUGGAGCGCAAAUUACCGCAAAUGUGGCUGGAAAUGGUGGACAAAAUGGAACUGAUUGAAUAUCCUAACGAGAAAAAAUGUAAGCUGGGAUUCCUGGACUCGGUGCUGCGUAAAUGGUUCUGUAACCCUUUCACCGAUGAUUACAAAGGAGGUAUUGAUUUCGUACUGGACAACAAUGAGGAUUAUGUCGUUACAGAAUUGGAAAAACAAAAACGAAAACUACGAGAAAUCAGCUCUGCUUUAGACAACCAACAUCAACUGCUUCGUUUGAUCGUUCAGAAAAUGGAAAUCAAAACGGAAGCAGAUGACGUGGACGAAGGUGUUGCCACCAGCGAUGUCAAAGGUGUCGGUGCCCUGCGGGGACCUAAUGGAACUACAUCGCGUUGGUCUUCGCCGAGAAUUCGCAAAAAGCUUCGCGCCGCCAUGAGUUUUAACAAGUCGAUUAGCAAGUAGGUAAACGAAAUCAGCAGGACAACGAAUUUUGCACCCAAUCUGUAAAACCAUGAGAGUCAGCGGAUUUGAUGUUGUAAAAGCAGCAAGCAGUUAAAUUUAAGAUAACACACUAGGAUUAAUGACCAUUUGGAAUUAUCAUUUGCAUCAAUUUAAUAAAGAUGGCUCCCAUGGCUGUUGGGUAUGUUGGAAAUUCAGGGAAACUAUUUUGCUGA